AUGAUUGAGGGAAUGGUGAAGGAUGGUGUUAUUGAACCUUCAUCUAGUCCAUGGUGUUCACCUGUGGUGCUGGUAAAGAAGAAGGACGGCAGCAUGCGGUUUUGUGUUGACUACCGCCGCCUGAACGACGUUACGAAGAAGGACAGCUAUCCCUUGCCAAGAAUCGAUGACACGCUGGACAUGCUUACAGGAGUAAAUUGGUUUAGCACGCUGGAUCUAAAAAGUGGUUACUGGUAG